AUGAAUCUCGAGAAGGCCGGUACGUGGCCGGGCAUACAAGGUGCUCCGGGCCAGGACGAAGGCAACCACAUAGCCGUCUUGUUCCUGGCCUGGGCGUAUAUCCUGUCUGCGCGGUGGGCGGAGAUCAUGGAGAGGGUGCCCGGGUGUACAGUUCCAUUCUCUCCUUCUGACGAGCAUCCAUCCGACGGGCACCCCCACGAUCACUUUACCGCUGCAAUCGAGCUUGGCUACCAAACCGACGCCGACGAAACAACCUGGUGGAGAUCCAUCCUCUCCGGCUCUAGUGGCACCAGCCCAAGAACGGCAGAGUACAACCACCGGCCCUACCUCUCCCCCUGGUCCGUCAACCUCGCAAAACCAUCCCGCAUAGCUAUCACAGACCACCAACCCCGCCCCUCUACAUCCCAUUCCUCCCUCCCAAUCCCCCGCCAACCCCUUCCCCUUUCCCCACCGCCACUACCCACUCCCACACAAACCCAAGCCAACGAAAACCCCGACCCCAUCACGCCCCACGCCCUCCUCCCAUAUUACAUGACCCUCAGCACAAACCCAUGUGGCAUCCGCUCCCUCCUGCACAGCACAUUCUUCAAUCGCGACAUCGAAUGCAAUCUCGUGAGCGCGUGGCUCAACCCCGCCUUCGCGAUCAUCGAUCCGCUCCUUCACGCGAGUAACAUGCCCGCGCUGCUGCGCGUCCUCGGGCAUGGAGCGCCCCAACUCGGGGGCUUAUGGCUCGGUGCAUUUAUUGUAAACGUUGCUGGAUCCAUUCUCCGGGAUGUGCGGAAUGGGAUGGCGGCGCUGGAUUUGGAUGCUGUUGCGUGGACUGGGCGGGAUGUGAGCGAUGGAGUUGCCAUACGGCGGGAGGAUGAGUGUCGGUUGCUGUUUUUGACGAGUCACAAGGGAGAGGGGGAGGGAGGGGGGUGGAGUAGAGCGCCGGUUCAUCCGUGGAAACCUUUGGGGGUGACGGUGCUGGGUGAGGCUGAGUUGCAGGUGCGGAUGCAUGCUUCCUGUGGGUGUCACCGUUUGGAGUAUCGGGGGUGGAGGUGGGGGCUUGUCGACGGCAGGGAGAUUGAGGAUGCUGGUGCGCUGGGUUCAGAGGCGCUGUCGGAGGUGGCUACGCGUGGGAUCUUCGGUUGGCUGCGCUCGAGGGGUUAUUCGGCGAGCGAGAGGGCCAAUUAUCAGCACGAGUGGGUGGAUCUGGCGAGUUCGGACGAUGAGCAUGAGCAGGGACAGGAGGUGAAGGAUGUCGCAUCUGGUACUUCUGAGGGGAGGAUAGGCUCCCGUGGAGUCAUCCAUGAAUGGCUUGGCGAUUGUGUAUAA